AUGGCGCAAUACUGGCCGACAAAUGUGCUCUUAACUCCACCUGGUAAUACUCGAACACCACCUGAAGCCGAGAUCCAACACCUGGUAUGGACAAUAGCUGGUAUCUUCGUAGCUGUAUCAAUUAUUUCAUCCACGCUACUAAUUCGCGGUCAUCUCAAUCACUUUACGCAACCAAUUGUUCAAAGCAAGAUUGUCGGAAUUCUAUGGAUGGUGCCAAUCUACGCAACUGAUUCGUGGUUAAGUCUACGAUUUAAAAACGCUGCUUUAUAUCUCGAUCUCAUGCGAGAUUCCUACGAAGGUUAUGUCAUUUAUCUCUUUUUAGCACUAAUGAUUGCUUAUAUCAGUAAAGGAAGUAACGAAGAGAUGAUCGCAAUCUUAAAUACGUUACCAGCUGUCCAACAUCCAUGGCCAGUUAAGAAAUGGGUCAAACCAAUUGGAAUGGGAUCAAAUUUUUUAAAACAUUGUAAAAUGGCAACAAUGCAAUUUGUGGUGCUAAAACCAUUGAUGGCACUUGUAGCCAUUGGGUUACAAUUCAAUCAUAUGUACGAUCAAGGGAAUUUUAGUACGACCAAAGGUUACGUCUACAUCAGUCUCGUGGUCAAUCUUUCGAUUACAUACGCUUUUUAUUACUUGGUGCUCUUUUAUAUGGCACUUUGCUCUCAAUUAGCACCAUAUCAUCCUGUUCCCAAGUUCUUAUGUAUCAAAAUUGUGUUAUUUCUUUCCUUCUGGCAAAGCGUUGUGCUUGCGUUUCUAUCUCGUUUUGAAAUCAUUCAUCAACUUGGUUCAUGGAGUGUUGAAAAUGUCACGACAGGAAUUCAAAAUUUACUCAUUUGUUUCGAAAUGUCGUUUGUUGCUAUAGCACAUCAUCGAGCAUUUCCUUAUGAACCUUAUAAACAUGGAAAUCCAGCAUUACGUACAAAUAUUUUGGCUGAUUAUCUUGCUUUUGAAGAUGCUGUUCGUGAUUUUAAUGAAGUGAUGCCUGUGGUACUUCCAACACCUUUUAAACCUGGUGCCGAGACUUUGAAAACGAAAAAACACUAUCAAAUGACACAAUCAAACGAACAAUUCAGCUCGGAAACUGUACGUCUACUAACUGAUGGUGUAGAUCAAUCAAAACCAUCAAAUUUCAAAUCAAAAUCGCGUGGUUGGAAACUAUAG